GGGAGCCCGGAGUCUGGGGCCCACCCCGCGGUCCAAGUGGUGGGGUCCAAGUGGUGGGCUCCCCGGAGAUCCGCUCGGGACCCCAAGCUGGGAAGCGCACCGGGUCCAGCCCCGGGUCGACUCCCCGCGACCCCCAGGAUGCCAGAGGCCAAGAGCUCCCGCCAGGACCCCCUGCGAUGGACGAAGAAGCCGGUGCGCCGCUCGGUCAGCCAGAUCUGCCCGCCCCCACGGCGGCCCCUGCCCGUGGCCGACAUCCGGCCGGGCAUGGAGAACGAGAGGCUGGGGGUCGUGCGGGAUUCCAUGUUUCAGAACCCGCUCAUCGUCAAGGCCGAGCUCGGGAAGCCCCGGGAGCAGAGCUGCAGCCUCCCUGGCAUCGACUUCAACUAUGGGCUCUACGUCCGUGGGCUAGACGGCGGGGUCCCUGAAGCCAUCGGACACUGGAACGUGUUUAAGCCUCAGCCCACCCGCCACCAGGAGCUGAACCGGGAUUAUAUCGCCACGAAUCGCGGGGCGGUGAAGGCGGGCCUGGUGACCGCCCGGGAGACGCUCCUGUACAAGCAGCUCAACGACUUCCGCGUCAGCAGCAAGGACAACCGGCGCUACAGGAAGGAGCCCACCUUCAUCCCUCCAAACAUGACCUUCGGGAUCCAGGCCCGGUGGGCCCGCAGCUCGACACCUUCCCCAGCGAGGCCGACCGCCAGAGAGCGUUCAAAGCCCAACAGGAAGAGUACGCCGUGCGCCGCGGGACCCUGCGGAUGGGCAACUACACCCACCUCUGACGUGGGUUCUGUUGCUGCAAGGACCUCAGGGUCAGGUCUUCGGUUAGUUAUUUUUGCUAAGAGCCCCCCUCUUUAGGUCAGGCAACACUAGCUCACCUUCGCCCAGCGCCCCCCCAACCUGGGGACUCCCCGUCCUCUGGCAGCCACCCACCCUCUCUCAAGCCCUCACCCGAUGGCAUAAACCAAAGUACAAAGCAGACGCUCCCUCCAGGCCGGAGUCUGGAGGCUGUGCCCGCAUCAGGGACAACGCAGGAGUUUCCUGCGGAAUUCCUGCCCGGAACGCGCUCGGAAAGCCCUCGUUUAGCUGCAAACACGAGUUUUAGUUGCUCUUUCUGGGGUGCCUGACGCCCCAUCACGCUGGCGGCAGGAAGACCCCGCUCACUCCUCGGGGCCUGCUCCCCCCUCAGGGGGCUUCUCCCCAAGACUGACCUGGAAGCGGCGGCGGCUGGAGGGCACAGGCGAAGGAAUUCUCAGCCAAACCCCCACCUCCCCAGCAGCUCUUGCCUCCAUCUCUGGGCGUGUUCCCCCGCUUCUCCCCACAGACGAUAUCCUGACCUGUUUUAAAUUAAA